CUGCUCUGUGCCCUGAAGCCAGGAUGGCUGAGAGUGUGACAUACGCUGACCUGCGGUUCUCCAAGGUGCCCCUGGGAAGGAGUGUGAACCCCUGGGCGCAGGGGACAGCCCCCCCGGCCCCGGGCGAGGCUGACGGGAGCUACGAGAACCUGCAUCUGGAUGCAGUGGGCGCGGGGCCGGCCGGGAGCAGGGCCCAGCAGUGGAGAGAUCCUCGGUGGAGCGCACGGCCCCUGCCCCUGGUCCUGCUGGCAGCCUGCCUGGCCCUGCUGGCCACCACCAUUGCCCUGGGGGUCUGCUACUGGCAGCAGGGGCAGCGCCUGCAGGAGGUGUCCCAUGCCCACGCGGCCGAGAGCCACAGCCUGUGGCAGCAGGUGGGCACCCAGGAGCAGCGUCUGGGGCAGGCGGGUGAGGCGCUGGUGCAGGCCCAGGAGGAGCUGGCACGGACCCGAGCGGAGCUGGCGCAGGCAUGGCAGGAGGGGAACCGCAGCCAGGAGGAGCUGCAGGAGACCAGGACGGUGCUGCGGAAGACCCGAGUGGACAUGGAGCGGGUGCAGGAGCGGGCCAGGGACCUGCAGCAGCAGCUGGAUGAGAGUAAAAGAGCUUUGGCCAGCGCACGGCCCUGCCAGGUCACAGACUGCUGCCCGGAGACCUGGGUGCUGCACCGUGGGAAGUGCCUGUUCCUCUCCAAGGAAAAGAAGAACUGGGAGGACAGCAAAGAGUGGUGUAAACAGGAAUCUGCACAGCUCCUUGUGCUCCAGGACCAGGACCAGACCAAGAUGCCGAGCUUCCUCACCAACACGGACGUCUCGUACUGGAUCGGGCUUCAGCGAAACAGCAAUGAAAGGUUCAAAUGGACUUGGGUCGAUGGGACUCCAUGGACUUGGGUCGAUGGGACCCUGUACACAGAUUCCAGGUGGUGGGAGUUCAGGUGGAAGUACAACUGUGGAGCAAUGAAAGGGGGAAGCGUGGUGGCCGUAGAUUGCUUUUCCGAUGAUGCCAAGCUCCCUGCAGUCUGCGAGAAGCUGGCCCGUGAGCCCGGCAUGCCCCCAGAGCCGUUUCUAUUCCCCCACUGAGGAAUGAAGGAGACGGGUCUCUUGGCCUGAGGCCAGGACACUUCUCCACAUCCCACUUGCACCCUGGAGCCAGGACUGCACAGAGGGCUCUGGGUGAGGGCCGACCAGGGCUGAGCAGAGCGCUGCCAGCCUCUCCCAUCCCUGACCUAACGCUGCUGCUGAUGCGGCCCAGGACGGUGUUUGCUUUUUCUGCAGCUCCUCGCAUAGCAGAUGUGCUGGGCCCAUGAUGCACCAAAGCCCCACGUCCUUCUCCGUAGCACCGUCCACAGCCACAAAUCUCCCCUUCUGCCCCUGUGUUCACAAUGCUUCUUCCCAAGGACAGUGCUGUGCAUUGGUCAGCAUUGGACUACAUCCUGUCGGCUCCAGUCCAGCUUUCCAGUGUGUUGAGAUCCUUAAUGCACACGUUGAACAUCACCAGGCCCAGGACAGACCCCUGUGGAGCUCUGCUCAAAGCCUCCUGCCGUCCUGGCGUGGACCCGGUCAGAAUUACCGACCCUUUUGCUGGCGGCGAUGGAGCCAGUUGUCUGCCCAUCAUAAAGCAGCUUUGAGCAGCCCACGUUUCUCCACUUUGUUUCUGAGGUGGUCAUGUGGGCUCUUGUCCAAAGCCUUGCUGAAGUUCAGACAUUCGAAACCCAUAGCAGGCCCUGCGUCCAUCCCUGCAGCUACUCUGUUGUAGCAGGAGGUCAAGCUUGUUGGACACAACUUGUUUAUAGUAAACCCACGCUGGCUGCUAGUGACUGGCCUCCCCACCUCCACAGGCUUGCAAAUGGCUUUCCUUAGCAUCUGCUCCAGCAUCUGCCUGGGGAUCGAGGGGAGGGCAACGGGUCUAAAAUUGCCCAGGUCCCCUCUUGUCUUUUCCAGACAGGCCCCAUGCUGUCUAGGAAGGGGCUUGGUGGGACGAUCUCUCAUUGUGGAUGGAGUACAUGGUUGGGAGAGAGACCAGGUGAGCUUUUGGGUCCAAAGGGCCCUUCCUGUGGGCUGCAGUCAUAGCAAAUGCAGCCACAGCUCAAUUCUGAAGACAACAGAGACCAGAUAAAGUACAAGCCACGUGGCAUGUGGGGUGUUUCCUGCUUCCCCACUGCGACAACGCUCAUGUCCUCAUGCUCAGCUGGGUGCCAGCACCGUGCCCCAGCCCGCUGGACUUCACGGCUCCUUGUCAUCUCCGUGAUUCCUGCUAAUCUCUUCACUCCACCGGUGCUAACGAACCUCUCUUCUUUCUAAUGUUCUUAAAAUCCCACCAACCAAACUGUCCGUUGUCCUGCCAUGCUGCUGUCUUCUCUGUGCUCCUAGUCCUGAAGCUCCUAUUUCACAGACCUGCAGACUGUUUUUAACUCAUUCCAGGGAUGUUCUAGUUGUUUUUGCUCCAGUCUUACAUUGAAUAAUUCAGUGCUAGCCUAUGCAUAUUGGUAAAGCUUUUCAUUUAUUUUUAGCUGGAGAAAAAUCUAUGUUAUGCUAGAUGUGAAGAUGCACCUCACCUUCUGCAAGCCUGCUUUUCAAAAUAUUAGAUCCACCCAGGAAUGUACUUAUGCAUCAGAGAAACAUACUGUGGUCCCUCCCUCCCCUGCCCCCAGGGAUUAUUCCCUGUUCACACAUGAAAAAUGUCCCCAGAGGAGCCAUGUCACCUGAAACAGCACCAGACAAGGCACACACGACCACAGCCAUGCACGCCUGCCCACAACACAGUGGUGUUAGCACCUGCCCGCAGGCAGGAGCCCCUUUUAUUGCCUUCCUGGAACCCAGGUGCUUGGACGGUGGGAGUCAGCUGAGCACGGGUCUGCUGUGACUAUGACCAAGGCACAAGGUGUCCUGGAGGACAGGUCCGCACUACCCAGCUGAGCUGCGGGGCAAGGCACAAGCUGCCAGUACCGUCUGGGGCUGCACUUGUCUGGGUCUGCUUGUGGGGUGGUGACGCUGAGUCCCUGGGCUCCAGUGCAGGCAUGCAGUGCUUUAAGCCCGACAGGGACACUGCCUAAGCUGGGGCAGGCUAUGCUCUGGGUGGUGGUGUGGAGGGUGGGCUCAUACGGGUCUGUUAUCCCUGGAUUUAUGAGCCAGUCCUGAUACCUCAUUCUGGGUGAGCACAGCCUUUCUAAAUGACUGACCAUGACCCCUUCCAUUUGAUAACAGGUGAUUUUUAUUGAUACAUGGUGACAGUAAAUAAAACGAAUGCAAUC